UUGUCGAUGUUCAGACUAGAGGCAGACCCUCCGCGGACGAACAUAGUCGCCGACUGCGGAAGUACGCUUUUCGUGAAAUCGUCUCCUAGAAGUAGCUUUUUCGAUACUCACCGCGGCCUCAUUUAUCCUCGACUUAUCAUCCGCAAAAAUUCAAUAAUUUCCGGCUAAUCGCUCGAGAUAGAAAAAGAAACAUAGGAAAGGAGUAGCGUCAUCAACAUCACCGUCAACCAUCGGCAUCCACCAUCGGCAUCCACCAUCGCCACUAUCGACAACGAGCAACGACAACGAAUGUCGAAGCACAGAUAGUGAGACAAAUGCUCGUUAAUGAAAGGUAAUCGAAAAACCCUGCAACUUAAUCGAGAGUAAUUGUGCAAGACGAGAGUAAAGCCAAAAUCAAGGAUAAAAAGGAACAUGAAUUAGUGAAAACGAAAGAAUAAUUUACCUCGUACGUUAAAACACGUAACAUUAGGUAAAUCGCCCGUAUGAUACCUACUUACACAUGUAGGUAUAAGACGAGAGAAUGAACUUACACGAGAGCGAAAUUAUACAAGAGUGUAAGACAAAACUGGGUGAAAUUAUUUGCGUUCGUUUAGCCUGAAUGAUUUAGCAAAACUCGUUACUCCGAUCUAUAUCAGGCUAAAUGGGAACUCUUCUCGCCAACAUGUAUGACGCAAUAUAACGCGACGUAUUUCGUGAAAAUGCAAGAAAUAUAUCGAAAGUGAGAGACUUCGGAUUGCUGAUAUUUAAUAUUUAAUUCUAACGUGCAUCGCUACAACAUCGUCUAAAAAAAAGUAUUACUCGCUAACAUACUACUCGUUGACAGUACAUGCAGAUUUCAGUGUCUGAUGUAAAAUUAAUCUCGAGGAACAACUGGCUACUGAGAAUGUAACGAAACGUCGAAUUCGUAUUUUUAAACGAAAUAGUCAGCACAGGGUUGCCAGUGGUGUAUCAAAAGUUCUUCGGGUCGGUGGUUUGUGAAGACGUUCGAUACGAAGAUGCAUCGGUAAGAAUGAACGGUAUCGUUGCAUUGGGAAAAUGUCAUUUAAACAUUCCUCGAACAUGCUCGAAAAGGUGAUAAUUCGAAUCGAGAAUCUCGUGGGACAACGGUAAAUUCCUAAGCAUGGCCGCUUGCCAUCCAACGCCGGCGAUUCAACAUUUGCAGCCACAGGAAUCGCCUCAGCUUGGCCUUGGACCUAUGAACGCUGCCGGUAGCCAAGGUCAGAAGCCGAUCCACCAACCACACUACUCGCCCCAUUUGCUCAAUUGGGUGUACCUGGCAAUCGCCGAUCAGAAUUCUGCUCAAACACGAGAUCAGAGCAAACUUUUCCCGACGAUAUGGAGUGGUUUUUCAACGGCGACGUCGCAAACUCAUACGCAUCGUAGCGCACUUGAUCCUUGUUGCGCGAUAGGAAGCAACUUUGCGGAUAAUAUCGGCGAGCUUGCGGAUCGUUUCAGAGAAAUAGGGCUACUAGAUAGAAAACCAACCAAGAGGCCACCACCUAGUUACCUCUGUCACCUGUGCUUCAAGAAAGGUCAUUACAUCAAAGACUGUCCGCAGGCACGUCCAAAAGGCGAGGGUUUGACACCGUACCAAGGAAAGAAACGAUGCUUUGGAGAGUACAAAUGUCCCAAAUGCAAGCGUAAGUGGAUGUCGGGGAACAGUUGGGCUAAUAUGGGCCAAGAGUGCAUCAAAUGUCAUAUAAACGUUUAUCCUCAUAAACAGAGACCAUUAGAGAAGCCAGACGGAUUGGACGUAUCCGACCAGAGUAAAGUUCAUCCGCAACACCUCUGUCAGAAAUGUAAAACACUCGGAUACUAUUGCCGAAGGGACCAGUAGCAAACCAAAAACCACAUUGUCUGUGGUGAUAAUUAGAUUGAGGAUUUUUAUACAUUUAUGAGAAAUUCGAAGGCGCAAGGAUGCACGAAUUGGGUAUAAUAUGCAAAAAUAUAUAAAGUAUCCAAAAUACUUUCUAUAGUAUCUAGUAGGUAACACAAUUUUCUACUUAAAUUUCAUCUUGUUGAUUAUAUUCAUAGAAAUAUAAGUUUGUAUAAAUAUCCGCAGUCUGGCGAUAAUGCUUUGGGACUAAACAAUUUUAACAUAUUUCGGACCAAUUGCAUAAAAAUAUUACUAUUUAUCUGUAAUUACCUGUUGCGGUCAUCGAAAAUUAUAAAUUUUAAUCGUUGGUCGAUCUUACGACUUGCAUCCGACUUUUUACUCGAUCUACGCGGUGUAAUUCCCAUGUAUAAAUUUUAGUCUUCCACUAAUUUUAUAAUUGCUCUAUAUCUCCACCUUUGGUACAUCGAACGUCUGGUGUACACCGAAUACAAAUUUUAUACGAAACUCUCUUUUAAUGAAAAAUAAUAAAACUAAGCUAUGUACCAUUGCAUUGCCACGAUAAAUGAUACCAAAAACACGAAAGCGUUAAAUGUCUUUGAUCUUGUAUUUUCUAUACAAUCAUGUACAACAGAGAGACAUAGACAUGUGAAAAAGGGGCAAAUAUUUAAAAAUAAGUCGAAUAUCUAGGUUGCUUGUGCAGAAUAAAAAAACGUAAGGUGAACAGGCAUCCGCGAACAGAGGACCGAAAUCAACUGCAGUUACGAAUAUUCUAGAUCCUAGAAUCUAGAACGAUUGUGUAUCCAACUAAUUAUAGCUGCUUCAUGUUCAGAAUUAUACGAUAAUUUACGCGCAUGCAUGCGACAUCAACGCGUACGUUCAAGUAAAAGACCUACAUAUAAAAAUGUGUGUGCUACACUAGUGUUGAAGAAAUUGAAAGGAUAAAGGGAAGAAAAUCCAAAGAAAAUGUUGAUUUAUACCUCGUUUACGAAACUCUGUUUCUAAAUCUGUCUCGACGCUGAACGUGCGCAUACAUACACAUAUCUAUACGUCUGCGAAAUAAGAAACAUGGAUACAUAGGUUUCUCCUAUAUUUAAAAAGUCAAGCAGCACGGCUGCUUCGAAUAUUAUUUAACGCGAUUCUCAAUUACAUUGUCUACUUGAGUCAAGCGUUGGGAUAGCGGUGUAAGUUUACCUUGUAAAAUAUUUCUUGUAACUGUGUCUCAAACAUGUUACAAGGCUUACAGAAAUUCAUAUAUCAUAAUCAAGAUAUAACGAGUAUGUACAAAGUGAUUAUUCGUAAUCGAACCACAGAAAUCACAGCCGUGUCAAGUAGUGACACGCGAAAUUGAUUCGACCCUUGACCCCAGAUAUCUCAGAUUUUACAUAUUCAUAUGUACAUACAUAAAAUGUAAAGGAAUAGAAAAAAAAUAUAAAUCAAGAAGGAUGAAUCCUCAUCUUGCAAACUGUACGUAUCGAUGCAUACAUGAUGGGCUGAAAAUCAUAUUAGUGUAGGUCAAGAUUUCGAGAAUUUUGAUUUUGCCAGGUAUCGAAACUCUUGAAGGUAUCAUCCCAUCAAUUAUCGUGAAAGAUUCAAGAAAAAAUCUUUUUUGUUAGGGCUCGUUUCAAUAUUUAUUUUAAUAAUUUUGAUUAAAAUAUAAUAUAUUUUAAUUUAAAAAAUGUAGUGAAAUUGUUAUGAUAAUAAACGUAGAACGCUAUGGAUAAAGUAAUGGAUUGAUUUAAACCUCUAUGAUUCUCAGCCCUCCAGGUAUCGAGAUACAAGCAGUAGAUUAAUUUGUAAUUAUUUUCGUACAGUUGCAAGAAUUUGAACUGAUUUACCACCACUCGUUCGCCUAGAAACAGUUUAUAAUAAUAUUAUCCCCGAUAUCGUAAUUCGCGUCGUAUUCCGGUAUAUCAAUACAUAAUGAUACAUCGGUUAAAAGAACUAAACGUUCAUAAAGACGAUUAAGAAGAUAACGAAAUUUCACGAAAUACGAUAUCGCAUCACACACAUUAUUAUUAUUUAUGUAUAUAUACGUGUAAUGUAUACAAUGUUUAUGUAUACGUAUAUAUUAAUAAUAAUAUCAAAUGCAUCAUUAUAUAUUAUUAUUAAUAUAUCGUAAUGUAAAAUAUACAAGAAACCAAAGGUU